AUGUCGGAUGACGAACGAAUGGACACAGGCGAUUUCGAAGGAGGUGAUUACGAGCAAGAUUACCUGGAUCCAGAUACAUUGAACUACGAGAAUGAAGAUGGUGAAAACGCUCAAAAUGAAGAAGAAGGUGUGAACGGUGAGAUUGACGAGACGAUGAUUGUUGAAUCAAAUGCACCUCAAGAUGGUGAAAGACAACGUACGGGAAAAGCAGCCAAACCCAAUGAAGUGAGGGUGACUACACCUUAUAUGACGAAAUAUGAGAGAGCUAGAGUGUUGGGUACGAGGGCAUUGCAAAUUAGUAUGAACGCCCCAGUGUUGGUCCCAGUGGAAGGCGAGACAGACCCAUUGGAAAUUGCUCUAAAGGAAUUAGCAGCUAAGAAGAUCCCAUUGGUGAUACGGCGAUAUCUUCCUGAUAACUCGUUCGAAGAUUGGAAAGUUGAAGAACUCAUCAUCCAGGAGUAG